ACUGAAUAAUGAUGGCAAAUGAAUAGAUGAUCUGAUCAGUUUCUUACACCUCAAGAUCGAAGCAAAAACGGACUCUGGGUUUUGACUAUACUGUCUGUCAGUGUUACAUAUUCAGUGGAGUUCAGACGAACUCGAGCGACUGGUUGUUCUGCUUGUUCUUCUAGGGCGGAUCUGAUUGGCUGAUCUGGAGCCUUGCUGGGGUAAAGCCCCGCCUCCUGCUGGGGAACCAGGCCAGGGACAAGAUUUGCCCCGCGUACCCAGCUCUUGUGACGAUCAGCCGGGCUGCAGACCAAGGGCUUUCCCCGUGUCUAGAUCUUUAGUGGCAUCUUCGGUAAGUGGUGAAGGUGGUGGACAUCGAAUCAAGGGCAGUUGGUGUCUCUCUCUCACUCGUCCCUGUAUCUCUGUGAUUUUGUCAUGGCAUCCUCUUUGCUCAGCCGGCAGCUCUCUCUUUCUCUGCAGAACAACCUGCGGCUCAGCAUUCCAGGCUGCAGAUAUGUUAGCAAGGCAGCACCCAAGACCCAAGUGGAGUUUGAGUACGACGGACCCUCCAUGAAAACACAAGUCCCUGGGCCACGAUCACAGGAGCUGACUAAACAACUGGGAGAUAUCCAGAAUGUGGGCGCCGUCCACUUCUUCUGCAACUAUGAAGAAAGCAGGGGGAACUACCUUGUGGACGUGGAUGGCAACCGCAUGCUGGACGUCUAUACUCAGAUCUCCUCCAUCCCAAUUGGCUACAAUCAUCCUGCACUCCUGAAACUGAUGACCAAUCCCAACAAUCUGAGUGCAUUUGUGAACCGUCCCGCCCUGGGAAUCCUGCCACCCGAGAACUUCCCAGACAAGCUGACUGAAAGCCUGCUCUCGGUGGCUCCCAGUGGAAUGACUCGUGUCCAGACCAUGGCUUGUGGUUCUUGCUCUAAUGAGAAUGCUUACAAAGCCAUGUUCAUCUGGUACAGGAACAAAGAGCGAGGCCACAACACCCCGUCUGACGAAGACCUCAGCUCCUGCAUGAUUAACCAGGGCCCAGGCUGUCCAGACCUCAGUAUUUUAUCGUUCAUGGGAGGCUUCCAUGGAAGAACCAUGGGUUGCCUGGCAACGACACACUCCAAGGCAAUUCACAAGCUGGAUGUGCCAUCGUUUGAUUGGCCGAUCGCUCCGUUCCCCAAACUACAGUACCCACUGGAGGAGUUUACCAGGGAGAAUGCACAGGAAGAGGCUCGCUGUCUGGAGGAGGUGGAGGAUCUGAUCGUCAAGUGGAGGCAGAAGGGGAAGCCUGUUGCAGGCAUUGUGAUCGAGCCCAUCCAGGCUGAAGGUGGAGACAACCACGCCUCCCCCGACUUCUUCAAGAAUCUCCGCAACAUCGCACGCAAACAUGGCUGUGCUUUCCACGUGGAUGAAGUCCAGACGGGUGGAGGGGCCACAGGAAAGUUCUGGGCCCAUGAGCACUGGGGCAUGGAUGACCCUGCUGACAUCGUCUCCUUUAGCAAGAAGCUUCUCACUGGUGGCUACUACCACAGGGAUGAGCUGCAGGCUGACAAGCCAUAUCGUAUCUUCAACACAUGGAUGGGUGACCCCUCAAAGAACCUGUUCCUAGCCGAGGUUCUCAAUGUGAUUCGCAGAGAAAACCUUCUGGAAGAGGUGACACGUUCUGGGAAAGCUUUGCUACAUGGAUUAUAUGAGCUGCAGGCUCAAUACCCUGGGUUACUGAGCCGAGCUCGAGGACAAGGGACUUUCUGUGCUAUUGACAUCCGUGAUGACGCCACACGCAACAGCAUCAUCCUUAAGGCCAGAGACAAGGGUGUCCUCCUGGGAGGCUGUGGUGAACGAUCUAUCCGUUUCCGUCCAGCGCUGGUUUUCAAGGAGUACCACGUGCACCUCUUCCUCAACAUCUUUAAUGAUGUGUUGGCCCAGCUCAAAUAGGUCCUGACCCAGCAGGAAGCCGACAUACCAACAUGAGUUCUAGUCCAACCAGGGUGGAAAGAUGGAAGCUCCAGGAAGGGGUCCAUGUUACAAUAAGCACAAUCCACACAAUAACACCUACACAGAUCAUAUGUAAUAUUUAAAGUGGUUUAAGGUCCAAGGACAGUUGAGCUUGCAGCAGCAAGCAUUCACCAUCCCCAUCCCCUUCCCCAUUACCAUCCCCUCCCCCAAUCCCACACCUCAUGCACCACAACCUUUUAUUUGUGGUGUAAUACAGAUGUACAGUUCCUUAGAGAAUCAGCUGGCACUGUUGGCAAUGUUGACUGUAACAGUAGCGGAGAAUGUUUGUGUUUAGUGUGUUUUUGUUUCCGGACUAAUGCCACUGCUGUGAACUGGAGCUUUUGAAAUCGCUGUUAGCAACAACUUCAAAAACCAAGAAUCUUGCUCAUCUGGUUUUUCCCUGCAGGAAAGUCAUAUUCAAGUGUCGAAUGACAUGUCAAGGCCAUCGCACUAAUAUGGGUUCAUUUUUCACUGAUACCACAGCAGAUCUAGCACCAUCUCUUUCAAACCCAUAUCUGUCAACAUGAUUAUUCUCUCCUCAUGGAGGGAAACUUAACAACUGCUUACCAGGUAGCACAGGAUUAGGUAUUUGUAGAUAAGGUGUUGAGGAUAUUUUGGCUCCCACUGGACCACACCUAAUGGCCCGAAAAAAAUCUCAUGUAAUGUGAACAGGCACAACUACUCUGACUUUAAUAUGUGCACAUGGUGAUUCUUCAGUUGUAGCACCUGAUUCAGUCACUGAAGCGAUUGCGGUCGCAGUUAUGUAUUAAUAAGACAUAAGACGGCGCAUAGUUGCUUGACAGAUGAAUAUUAGUUCAAGAACAAAUUGCAUCAAGGGUGACUCGCCCUGGAAAGAUAUGUAGGCUCUGUUUCCCUGACAAGAUAGUCCCAUUUAAUCAGGAUUCUUAGUUCCUAUUUCUGACAAAGCCAAAUAUAUGUGGACACCAGCCUUGUAGUCUUUUUUUUUUUUUUUUUUUUUUUUAAGUAUAUAGUACAUCCAGGAGUAACAGCCCAAUGUUCAUCACAGGGUGAUUCUAUAGAAAUCCAAAUCUCUCUCUCUUUUCUGUCUGAAAGCUGAGAUGCCAGCCUGCAUGUCACCCAAUCUUGUCCCUUAGAAAUGUCCUUGUUAUGCUUCUGACUCUUUUGUGUCAAAUGUUUUUUUUAGAAAUGACUUUUUGGCUUGAGAUGUUUUAGCCCAGAAUAAUGUGAAUUUUAUAAUGGCCCAUGAAAAUGUACUAGAUUAUUUAGUGCCUGCAUGCUACAUUACUGUGCCCAUAUUUUUGCUCCUUACACAGAUGAUGGCAGCCACUGGUAAGGUUUACUUGAACUCCAGUUUAUAACACAUUCAUAACACUUGAACAGGAGCUUCAUAUUAGCUGUGGCACGUAUUUAUUGAUACUGACAAAUUCAUGUCAGCUUUCACUUGAUUAUGGUGUGAUACGUAUAGGAAUGGUGUCAGUUUAUUGAGCAACAAUAUCGAAGUAAAACUCUGAAGAAUUGCUUCUUUUUUUUUUUUUCAAAAUGUACAUAUAGUAAGCAACAAUCGUAUGUCAUAAAGCUGUUUCUGAACUGUGAGAAUGAGUCCUGUGACAUUCUCAACUGCUUAACUACUGCUCACCUCCUCAACUGCUGAGCUACAUGACUUAUUUAUUUGUCUAACAUUCAUUUAUUGCUUUUGUGAAAAGCAUUUUGAUAGCUAACUUUCGCUGAACAACUAAUACUCAUGUCUUUAUAAAUACCGUCAAGGUUGCCUGUUAGGUGGAUAGCUUUCUAUAAGACUAUGUUUCCUCAGUAUUGACAUUUAACGUGCUAGGUAGUGCUUUUUCAUGAACCUGGAACAUAAAAAUUGUCAACAUUCAGGCGCUGUUGCAAGCUAUGUUACUAGUUGAUGUUUGCUUAUAAUGAACAGCUUGUCAAUUACAGCAGUCAGCAAACUAACAGAAGUUUGCUGAACCUGAACUGAAACUUAGUAGAGCACACGCCUUCAUCCAUUACCAACCUCCCCGCGGGUUCUGUGAUGGUUGGGGGAUACCACAGCCCUGUUGGUGCCAAACAUCACACCCUCAAAGGGGGAAUCAUUCGCUGACCCAUGACCAACCCUCCCACCAAGUUUCAUGCGAAUCCGACCUAUACUUUUUGAGUUUUCCCACUAACAGAAGAAUGGAUGGUCAGGGAAGCUCCUGCCAGAGGUCUCAUCUUGGCAGUGGCAAUGAACUGAGUGGAAAACACGUGAAUGUGUGUAUUGCUACAUGUUAUUACAGGCAAUGUCUAAACAACCUCAUAGCAAAAAAAUCAAUCAAUGGCAGUUGGCAGGAGGACUUUUGAUUUUGAUAUCUCUGCUCAAUAAAUUGACACACUAUAGUGCUGCAGUACUAGGACAUGGUGUAUAUGAACUAGAGUAUGGAUGCCUGACCCGAACCCAAGACCUGACAGGUCUGGCUGGGUUCAGACAAAAAUUUUGAAUAUAUAUAUAUAUAUUUGGGCUGAGGUCAGGUUCGGUCAUGUUGAUGUUAUUUUAGUGAAAUAUGAUGGACCUACUGUCUGUUCUGGGCAACUUCGUGUAUAGAGCUGGAGUAUACGUGAUGACACUGAAGGCAACACCGAGGCUAUUUCCGGUGGUAAAUGUAGCCUAGCGACAGAGGACAAGCCAAAUCUCGGGCUUGGGUCGGGCUCAGACACAAAAAAGUAUUGUCUGUCGGGUUCGGGUCAGGCGUCGUUAUUAUACUCCUGUCUCGGGUCGGGCUAAAAAAAAAUAUGCGGCCCGAUUUGCACUCUCAUAUGAAUUAAGUACAGAAAGCCUAAAUAAGUAUUGUGAAUGUGCCAUGGUGGAGCUUUUGAGCAUGUGUUAUAAAUGUCACUGAGUUCAUCAAGAUCCAAUUAACAUCUACUUAUCCUGACUAAUAGAAAUAUGUAUAAAUAUAUUUACAUGUUUACAUUCAUGUUGCAGAAACUAUGUCCAGUAAGCCUAAUGUAUAUUUGAUGACUCAUAAAAACACCUGGGGUCAGCUUGUCACACAUGCAUUAAGCGUAGUCCUACACAAAAAAGUUCAUUUUAAUAUAGAUCUUCUCUGAGGCAAACAAAAUAUGAUUGGGAACGCUGCUCAGUGCAUGUCCACAGGCCUGCCCCCAUGAUGUUGGCCAUAUUUAAAUGUUAAUGUUUCUACUGUCAAACCCAUGGUGGAUGUACAGCUAGGUAUUGACAUUGGGCCAAAUGCAGGGAGCAAUGUGUGAACAAAUUUCCUCUUAUUUUUGUUGGUAUCAACAAUUUGUUCUUAAUUUGCUACUACCCAUUGAUUUCUGAGCUUCACAAUUUUUACCAAGAAUUUGUCACAGUGCACAACUCAACUGUCCAACACACAGAAACAUGCAUUUUAAAACAGAAGAACAUAAAAAAAUGUACUAAAUGAAUAUCAAUGCAUAAUCACUUUUAGAAUAUUAUUAAAGAUGACUGAUUGCUCUAUACGAUCAAAUGUAGAAAACCAAAUUAUGUCAGGUGCUCUUGGAAAAGUUAGAAAAGAGCGCUGCAAGCACAAUGGCAAUUCAGGCAUUCCAAAUAUAAGAAAAUGGAAGUCUUCAUAAGGGCUGCCUUGCUGAAGACCUGCAGUGUUUUGUUUUGUUUUGUUUUUUUGUUUUUGUUUUUUAAUGAUUUAACCACUACAAUAAAGGCUUUUUAAUAUUUCCUCCCUUGCUGUUACAUUUGUUUUUUUAUAAUUGGAGGGCCUGGAUUGCCUUCUUGUGCGACUGAUCAUUUUAUGUUUUUAGUAAUUAAGUUAGAUUAUUAAAAAAAAAUAGAAUAUCUGAAUGCAGGCGGGUCCAUUCAAAAAAAAAUUAUAUGCCUCAAUUCAUUUUAGAGUUUUUAUGCAGUAGACCCUCACCUCUGGUGCUGUUGGGGCUUCAGACACUGUUCUGUCCUCCUGCAGACGUCACUGUUGCAUUACUGGCUCUCUGUUUUUUUUUCCCCAUUUUAAUAUUGAGCCGUUUUCAUUUUAUUUCAGUGACUGGAUGUCCCUAUAUUCGCAGCAUCACAGAUUUUUUUGCGUCACAGGUUUUGUUUUGUUGUUUUUUUUACCUUCCUGUGACACGCUGGACGACGUUCAGUUCAGAUCUUUAUUGUCCCAAGAAGGGAAAUUUGGCGUGGCUCAGCACUCACAAACUACACAGUCACAAUCAAGUCUGACUGCAGCUGCUGAAGCUGUUUUUCUUCCCACAGCUUCGUUUUGGCGGAGUCUCCAUUUUUGCCAGAGAGUUUUACACACAGCACAACAGCUGCCCUCAUGUAGUGUUUAGGGGGCAUUACCUUAUGCCAAUACUAAAUGCUCAGACACACCUCCACUUCACAGGCAGGUGGGAUUCAUCCCUCAGCACACCUGGGUAAGAGCAGAUCUCGAUGGUUUAGAGAACCGGGUGAAUCUGGAGUUAACUUCUCUUAUUUAUUGUUUUUAACAACAGAAAAAAAAAGAGAAAAUGUCGCUGCAUCUGGCCCAUUGUUCUGAAUGCCUCUUUCAAUGUUUAUAUCUAUGUUGUAUUCACAUUAGGAGGUUGUCCUAAUCCAUCUAAAAUAACUUAAUGAUUAUGAUGGUGAUGGUGACGAGUGCUCCUCGUUGGGCCAAGGCAGUAUUACAUUGACAGCUGUGUGUCAUUGAUGACCUGUCUUAAAAUUUUUAACAUUACUGUUGUUUGCACUGUUCAUGUGAGAUAUAAGAUGAUUAUUGAUGUAAUUAUUUUAGAUGGCUCUAAUUGUUGUCUAUAAAGCUCUCUAUGUACCAUAAAAUAAUAAAACAUAAUACAAUUUUGAGUAA